UAAGAAAUUCAGUUUGUUUGUCACUCAUAAAAAAAAACUCUCCUUCUUUGAGUUUUCUUCACCAAUGGAAGAAAGAGAAAGAACAGAAGUAACUGAAGAAGAAGAGAGAAAAACAAGAAAUAACGGUAAAGUAUGGAGUUGGGGAGCUGGUACAGAUGGUCAAUUAGGAACGUCAAAGCUCCAAGAUGAACAUCUCCCACAACUAAUUCACUCUCUAAAUUAUGUAGCAAACACCGUUUCUCAACUUGCUUGUGGAGGUGCCCAUGUUAUUGCUUUGACAGGGAAUGAUGGAAAAGUUUUUACUUGGGGUAGAGGAACAAGUGGUCAAUUAGGUCAUGGAGACCAAACCAAUUGCUUAAACCCUAAACCUGUUAAAUUCUUGGAAACCCUUUUUAUGUCUCAUGUUUCUGCUGGUUGGAAUCAUUCUGGGUUUGUUUCAGAUAGUGGUAAAGUUUAUACUUGUGGAGAUGGUUCAUUUGGACAACUAGGGCGUGGAGAUUAUGAGUCCCAUCACUUACCUGUUGAAGUUUCGUAUUUCGGUUCCAAAUUUGUUGAACAGAUUGCAUGUGGGAUGCGCCAUUCGCUUGUCUUGCUCAAAGGUCAAUCAGGAGCUCAAAUUUAUGGAUUUGGUUCAGGAAAGCGUGGUCAAUUGGGUGUUUCGAUUGACCGUAUUAAGAUAGUGUCCAACCUUCCUCAAGCUGCUAAGGGACUUGAAAAUGUUGAGAUACGUAAUAUUUAUGCCAACGGAGAUCACAGUGCAGCAGUGAGUGCUGACGGGCAUGUCUACACUUGGGGCAGAGGGUUCAGUGGCCAAUCUGAUGCUUACCAUCCGGAGAUUUUAUCAUCACCCUUGAAGUUUUCCAAAGUCGCUCUUGGAUGGAAUCAUGCGUUACUGCUUACAGAUGCCAAGGAAGUGUAUAUGCUUGGUGGGAAAUACCAUGGAAUGCUCAGUGAUCCUGGGAAAAUGAGCUUUGAGCUGCAUCCCCCUAUUCACAAAGUUUCUAGUCAAAGCUCAGAUGGCGACGGAAGAGUGUUGAUCCUCGGAAAGGUACCUGAUCUUAAUGAGACAAGGGUCAUCGAUGUUGCAGCUGGAUCUGAGCACUCUGCUAUAGUUACAGAGAAUGGAGAGAUAAUGACUUGGGGUUGGGGUGAACAUGGGCAACUAGGUCUAGGGAACACCUGUGAUCAAAUGAACCCUCAAAUGGUGCACCUAGCUGACGGGCAUGUCUACACUUGGGGCAGAGGGUUCAGUGGCCAAUCUGAUGCUUACCAUCCGGAGAUUUUAUCAUCACCCUUGAAGUUUUCCAAAGUCGCUCUUGGAUGGAAUCAUGCGUUACUGCUUACAGAUGCCAAGGAAGUGUAUAUGCUUGGUGGGAAAUACCAUGGAAUGCUCAGUGAUCCUGGGAAAAUGAGCUUUGAGCUGCAUCCCCCUAUUCACAAAGUUUCUAGUCAAAGCUCAGAUGGCGACGGAAGAGUGUUGAUCCUCGGAAAGGUACCUGAUCUUAAUGAGACAAGGGUCAUCGAUGUUGCAGCUGGAUCUGAGCACUCUGCUAUAGUUACAGAGAAUGGAGAGAUAAUGACUUGGGGUUGGGGUGAACAUGGGCAACUAGGUCUAGGGAACACCUGUGAUCAAAUGAACCCUCAAAUGGUGCACCUAGGUGAUGUGCUUCCUUCUGAUAAUCAAACCCAACUUAAUGUAUACUGUGGAAGUGGGUUUACUUUUGUCGUGCGUCUACUUUCUCAAACUUGAAGAUUUGUUAAUUUUAAGAAAAUGAAGUUCCUUGUUG